GACUGGGCCGGGACCGGGACUGGGCCGGGACCGGGGCUCGGCGGCGGGGAACGCAUCGCGGGCCGGGCUGUACCUGGCUCCGAGCCGCCACCGCGAGAUGGUUAUGAACGGAACUACCACCCUCCGAGGAAAUACGCUUUAUUCCAUUUUAAUCAACUAUUUCAGGACCAAACCCGUCCCGCUUCCGUCUGCUCCAGCCCAGCAGGGACCAGCGGGGGCUGCGCCCCCGGCCCCAGGCUGCACCCCCGCCGCUGCCCUGUCCCCCGGGAAGGACCUCGGGCGUCCGAGCAGGGGACAGCGAAGCCCGUGUCCGUGCAGGCAGCGAGUCCCCCCGCGCUGCCCGGGCCGCCCCGCGCCAGGGGAACAAAGCGCCGGGCCGGGCCGUCCCAUUGUCCCCGCUCCGGCCGGGCAGCGGCCGCCCCCCGCGCGGGCAGGAAGGGGAGGGGUCGCGCACAGACAAUGCCUCCCCCCACCCCCCCGCCGGCACGGCCCGCCCUCCGCUCUCCAUUGGCUAGCGGGGAAUUUGGGGAGCCCCCCUCCUCCUCUCGCCAGCUCCCCCCCCCCCGCCUCCCGCCGGGGGCGCGCACGCCGCAUUGUGCCGGGGGGCGCGCAGGGAUGGGGGGGCGGGGGCGCGCGCGGCCGGCGGCGGGGGCGCGCCCGGGGGCUCCCCUUGUGUGUGCGUGUGCGCGGGGCCAGGGCCAUGGAGGAGCUGAGCAGCGUGGGAGAGCAGGUCUUCGCCGCCGAGUGCAUCCUCAGCAAGCGGCUCCGCAAGGGCAAGCUGGAGUACCUGGUCAAGUGGCGAGGCUGGUCCUCCAAGCAUAACAGCUGGGAGCCCGAGGAGAACAUCCUUGAUCCAAGACUCCUCCUCGCUUUCCAAAAAAAGGAACAUGAAAAAGAAGCACAGAAUCGGAAGAGGGGGAAGCGACCCAGGGGCAGGCCCAGGAAACAUGUGGAACCAGAGAUGCCCGCAAAAACUAAGUCAAGUAGCUCCUCUUCCUCCACAUCCUCCUCUUCCUCCUCCUCUGAUGAAGAGGAUGAGAGUGACCUGGACGCUAAGAGAGGUCCCCGCGGCAGAGAGACUCACCCGGUACCGCAGAAGAAAGCUCAGAUCCUGGUGGCAAAGCCCGAAAUGAAAGACACCUCCAGGAAGAAGCGUGGGCGGAAACCUCUUCCCCCGGAGCAGAAAGCGGCUCGAAGGACCGUGAACCUGACAAAGGUGCUGAAAACGUCUCGGAAGGAGGCGGGCGGCAGCGCCAAGCUGCUGGGGAAGCUGCAGCCCCAGCACAGCGCCCAGGGCUCGGGCACGGCCGGGCUGAAGGACCCGCCAGGGGCCUUGGCCGGGCUCAGCUCGGGGGGUUCAGCUGCAGAAAACCUGCCCAGCAUGAUGAAGAGCGGCUCCGCGAGCCCAACCCGCGCCAUCAGCUGGCAGAGCUCCAUCGUGCACUACAUGAACAGGAUGUCCCAAAGCCAGAACUCGGCAGAGACCUCCCCCCUGGGCAGGCUGGCACUGAAGUCCCAGGCAGCCAGUAAGAGUGGCUUAGGGCUGGACUUAAAAAUGAGGAACCAGAAAGGAUCUGGGGAGUUUGGGCCAAGCGUGCAGGGACCCAAAACUGCCAAGGCUCCCAGCAGCAGCGCUGGAGGGGACCAGAAAUCGGGGUUUGCUGCAGGAGGCCAAACGCUGCACAAUGGCAGCAAGAUGCCGGCGAGCUCGUCCGGGGCCGGCAGCCAGGCAGCCUCCAGCCAGGAGCUGAACCUCCAAGCUCUAAACCUGCAGAGCGUCAAAAAUGGGCUGAGCACGGCUGGCGGGAGCAGCCUCCCCCGUCACCUUUGCAGCGCCCUGUCCAAAGGCUCCGGCAGCGGCACAGCAGCAAGCGGUGGUGCCGCCGGCACAAAGGGUGGCGCGGUGGGUGCCGGGCUGAAUGCUGCCAGCGCCGGUGUGGUGCUGGGGGGGGAUGGCGGCAAGAGCGAGAAGCAGGCGCUGCGGGCAGGCGACAGGGACUUGGCCAAGAGCGGCACGGCCGGCACUCAGGAGGGGCACACGGCUGCGGAGAUCCGCAAGCCCGCCGCGCUUUCUGAAGUGAGCACAGGCGAAGAGAGCAGCUCGGAUUCGGACCAGGAUUCCGCAUCCUUCCCUGGCGUGGGGCAGAACAUGUCUGUCUCUAUCCAGACCAGCCAGGACUGGAAACCCACCCGCAGCCUGAUCGAGCACGUCUUUGUCACCGAUGUCACUGCUAAUCUGAUCACCGUGACGGUCAAGGAGUCCCCCACCAGCGUCGGGUUUUUCAACCUACGGCAAUACUGAGCCCAGAAGCAUGAGAGGAGGGACAGUGCCCUUCAGCCUCUCCCUCAGCUUUGCCCAGCUCCUCCAUCAGGUUUUUCUUUCUAAAAGUGAACACACGAGACCUGCUGGGACUUGUGUCCAGAGAGGCUCGAGAAAGACGUGGUGAAACCUGCUCUGAACUGCCAGCGGGUCGAUGGAUCCGUCCCAGCUUCUCUCCAUCCUCCCCCGGAGCGGCGCCCCGAGCAGAGGUGGCCGCUGCCGUUCUCGGGGAGCAGGGGCAUCGGCGCUGCCGGGGUGCCGGGCUGGCAAGUUUUGAGCCAGGCUUCACUGUACACGGAUUUCUUUGCUUUACAGCUUGAAAUGGCAGAUCACAAAGUGUGUGGCUCUCCGGCAGCAGGGAGAGGGUGCGGAGCUGCGACGAGCCAGGCUGAUAGCCGGGAAAGGAGGAGGAGAUCCUUUUCUUCCCUCUGGGCUCCCUGUGAAUCUGUCUGAGCCACCAAUUCGCCGUAGGGAAUUGCAAAUCAAUCCAAACGAGGCAGCUGCUGCUCCCAGCCCAUGGGGGCUGCUGGGGGGCAACUGUAACAGGGUUUUUUCAGGGUACGUUCUGCCCAGCCACCCCCCUGGGCGAGGUCACUUCCAAUGAUGGUGAAGUCCACGACGUUUCUGUUGUGGUUUCCAGCUGAUAGGGAAAUAUUGUUUACAUUUUUUUAUUAAGGACAAAAUCCUUUUUUUUGAGGAGGGUAAUAAAAGCAGUUUAGGGCAGACUGAAUCCUGGGUGCCACCGAUGAGACGGGCAACAAAGGUGCCUCUUUCAAAGCAAAAGGCGACUGGCCGUGGGCAUCGCCUUGCUGCCCGGGCUGGCUCCUGCCGGGCCCCGGUGCCUCAUGCCGCCGUUCCCCGCAGGGCCCGCGGCAGCUGCUCACCUUCAUCCCACCGCCCUGUGCAGCAGCCGGUGGGUUCCUUUUGGCUUGUGAUUGCAACCGAUAACAGCUCUUUGACGGACGCCUUUUUCCCUGCUAGGGGUUUCUCUUACAAGCCAAAGCGACGGCAGCAGUUCAGGCAGAGUUCAGUAGUAUUCGAGGUCACGGUGGUUCUGUGAAUGCUGAACUCGGUUCCUGGAGGAGGUGGGAAGCUGUACCCCGCGAGGCCUCGCUGCACGGUCAGGAGGUGCCCGAGGGCUGUCCCGCCAGCGGCUCCUUGGUGGCUGCUGGCUCUGUGCGUGGACGGCGCUGUGUCGCGGUCACCCUCGCCAGGUGACUGACCUGGCACCAGGAUGGGAAUCUCACUUUGCCACAGGCGAGGGCACUCGCAGCGUCAUCACACAAAGGAAUGUGGAGAUAAAUGGACCAAACUGGGGGUGCAGGUACUUCUGACCCCGCCAAUGCAUCAGCCCACUGCAUUGCAUUUGCUGCCGUGGGCUGGCGGCCGUGCGGUUCUCAGGGGAAACAAAAAGCCAGCGCUGGCUGCACGUGCUGCCCGGUUCUUCGAGGGAUGGGUGAUGGUUCCAUGAGCGGCGGCUGCAGCCUCUGCCAGGACAGGCUCCUGUGCUCCCUUAGCUCUUGUAUUUAAUCCUCAGCCAUCCCGUUGGUCGUGGCUUUGCGUUUGUCGUGUUACGGAGCUGAGCACGGCGUCCUGUGAGGGCCGACAGUGUGCGGGUGAGCAGGCGGUGUGUCACCACAGGAGCUGUGCCCCAGGGCAGCCGGGCAAGCCUUGAAUGUCACCAUGUCACAGCAUCGGCAGCCUGGGGCAGGGGCUCUGCAGAGACCGGGCGCAGCACCGGCCAGCGCUGGGCAUCGCUCUGCCCGAGGAGCGGAGGGAGCCCUGGCCAGGGAGGAGGUUCCCAAGGACAGAGAUUCCAUUGAGCUCCAGGAUGCCAAAAUGUCACCGUCUGUGGUGUUUGCCUUCUAGUUUUAGCUUUGCCAAAUGAGCCACUGUUGCUUCGAACAGUCCAAGGAAACGUUAUCCUGUGUCAGCAGAAUGGUCUCUUCUGGGUGUGCUUGUGCUGGCGAUAUGAGCGUUUUGGGAGAAGAACAGAGGAAUCUGGGAGCACAGGGGUAGUGCUCUCCCACACACACCAAAUGUUUGCUGCUUGGCCUUUGCAAAUCCAAACUGAAUGACAAUGAUGUGCCUUUCGGACCGUCCCCAUCUCAGCCUCGUCUGCGACUCCGGUCCCACAACAGGUUUGUGCCUAUGCAAAGCGGGUUGGUCACAGGGUCCUGGGGACAGCUGUGACACCAGUGGGGAGAAGUGCCCUGGUCCCCAGCAGGACGCCCAGCUGUCAGACGGAGCCCAGCCGCCAUGCCGAGGCCAGCGGAGGGAUGCCCACCAGGAGGCAGCCGGUCCGGCAGGGAUGGUCUUGCUCAGAGUGGCAGGAUGUGGAUGUUGGUGUCCCUGGGGGGGUGCAAAGCACCUGAGGAUGCUCUGAAGAGGGGCUGGACAUCAAGCAUCCACAGAGGGUGCAGGAGACGAGCUGCAGCGGCGGGGGCUGCGUUCCACCACGGCGGGGGCUGCACUCACUGCACGCUGGCUCUGAGAUGGCCGCUCCCUCCAGAGCCCCCGUCGGAGCUCAGAUGCAUUUCUCCAUGCAGAGACUCGUUCCUGCCUCCCGGCUGGGUGAGCAAUCACUGGGCCCGGGCUUGUGCCUAGGGGAACACAGAUCCCGACAGCAAGAGCCUUCCCUCCAUCACCCGCCUUGCCAGGCGCGUCCCCUCCCGCCAGCAGCAGGACUCUGCGGUCACCAUUGCUAUUGUGCCUUUUGCUCACCAGCUGGUUCAAUCCCAAAGGUCUAAGGAUGAUGAAGACGAUGAUCCAGGAGUUUUUUUGACGUUCCCCUCCUCCUGUGCUCCUUCCCCUGCCUCUUCCCGUCAUUGUGUUUCGGGAUCUCGGCUGUCCCGGCAGCGCUGGGGUGUCUGAGCGAAGGGUCCCUGUUGGAGUUGCCUCUCAAAGGCACAUAAUGUGAUUUACUGUAAUGUUUAGUGAGCAGGGGUUGAAAGCCGCUGCAGACCCUGUUUACCAGUCAGUACCAUUAGCAUUCAAGGUCUACCUUUUUCCUUUUAUUUUAAGUUUGCUGCUAUGGGUCGGGGUGUUCAGCAUGUGUCAAACAGCCAAUUAGAGGUUUGUCACUUGUCAUUUUCUAAGGGGUUUCCAAUGUGAAAGUCCUGCAGUAUUUGUAUAUUGAAUGGAUAUUUUCUCCAGGCAUAAUCUGGUUAAGCAUACUUGUUGUUUUCCAUUGGACUGGAAGAGGUGGCCAAUUCAGCCAUCUUGCCUAGAAACUUAGUCUAUUUUUAUAUAUAUAUAUUUUGUACCAAAAAACUGGAGUUCGUGGAGGGAUGGGGAUGGCUCAGGGGGUCCAGAUCGUUUUGAGUUUCUCAUCUGGGUGUGAAUGGCUCCGGAGCCAGAAAGGAGGUUUUUACUGAAAGAAAUUGAGAGAUGGGUGAAAACAAACAAUUGUUCUUGUAACUUGUGCCAGUCACUGCUCUGAUUUGUAUGUUUUAAUUAAAGAGAGAGCCAAAUCGUUCAUGUACUACACUUAUAAUUGCUUUAAGCUACAGCUGUUUGUUUGCUUUUAUUUCCAGAGAACAAAAGUUGGAGCUGUUAUUACCCUGGGAAAGGGUAAGGGCUUUGUUGAGCAGGACAGGCGCCCAGCCCACCAGGGCCGCGGGGCCACCGCUCCCCUGGGCCUCCGUCACCCCCCAGCACCUCGCUGCGUUUCCUGGUGCUUCUGGACACUAACACUAGUGUAGACCCGCCACCCCUAGGCUGCUGUUAAUUUAUUUGCAGGAAAACACUAGGAGAUGGCUACAUCGACGGGGUUUUUUCUAUAACUUUUCCCCACUGCUCUUUUUUAGCAUAUCAAUAAAUAUUUUUUUAAACUUUC